CUUAAAUCUGAGGUGAUAUCAUUUAAAUAGAUUUUUAUCCAAGUUCAGGGAUGUCCUAGGGUGGUCCUAAAGAAGUAGGCAUUUUGCGGAGGUCUCAAGAAGGUAACAAAUACAAGAAUGUGUGUGUGUGUUUGUGUGUGGUUUUUUUUUUGUGUGUGUGUGUGUGCGUGCGUGUGUUUUUGUGUACAUGUUUUUGUGAGUGUGUUGUUUUGUCUGUGUAUUUUUGUGUGUGUGUUUUUGUGUGAGUGUUUUUUGUAUGUGUGUUGUUUUGUCUGUGUUUUUGUGUGAGUGUUUUUUGUAUGUGUGUUGUUUUGUCUGUGUGUUGUUUUGUCUGUGUGUGUGUUUGUGUGUGUGUUUUGUGUGUGUUCGCGCGCGUGUGGGUGUGCGCGUGUGUUUUGUGUGUGUUUUUUUUGUGUGUGGUUUUGUGUGUGUGUUUUGUAUGUGUGUGGUUUUGUGUGUGCGUUUUGUAUGUGUGUUGUUUUGUGUGUGUUGUUUUGUGUGUGUGUGUUUUUGUGUAUGUCUCUGUGUUUUUGUGUGCGUGUGUUUUCGUGUGAGUGUUUUUUGUAUGUGUGUUGUUUUGUCUGUGUGUGUGUGUUUGUGUGUGUGUUUUGUGUGUGUUCGCGCGCGUGUGGGUGUGUGCGUGUGUUUUGUGUGUGUUUUGUGUGCGUGUGGUUUUGUGUGUGUGUUUUGUAUGUGUGUGGUUUUGUGUGUGUGUUUUGUAUGUGUGUUGUUUUGUGUGUGUUGUUUUGUGUGUGUGUUUUUGUGUAUGUCUCUGUGUUUUUGUGUGCGUGUGUUUUCGUGUGAGUGUUUUUUGUAUGUGUGUUGUUUUGUCUGUGUGUGUUUUUUGUGUGUGUGCGCGCGUGUGUUUUUUGUGUGUGUGGUUUUGUGUGUUGUUUUGUGUGUGUUGGUUUGUGUGUGUGUGUGCAUGUGUUUUUGUGUAAGUGGGUUUUUUUGUGUGUGUUUUUUGUGUGCGUGGGUUUUAGUGUUUUUUUGUGUGUGUUUUUGUGUGAGUGUGUGUUUUGUAUGUGUGUUGUUUUGUGUGUGUGUGUUUUUGUUGUGUGUGUUUUUUGUGUGUGUGCCUUUUUGUGUUUGUCUGUGUGUUUUUGUGUGUGUGCUUUUUGUGUUUGUCUGUGUGGUUUUGUGUGUUGUUUUGUGUGUGUUGGUUUGUGUGUGUGUGUGCAUGUGUUUUUGUGUAAGUGGGUUUUUUGUGUGCGUGGGUUUUGUGUUUUUUUGUGUGUGUUUUUGUGUGAGUGUGUGUUUUGUAUGUGUGUUGUUUUGUGUGUGUGUGUUUUUGUUGUGUGUGUUUUUUGUGUGUGUGCUUUUUGUGUUUGUCUGUGUGUUUUUGUGUGUGUGUGUGUCAGAGAGAGAGAGAGAGAGAGAGAGAGAGAGAGAGAGAGAGAGAGAGAGAGAGAGAGAGAGAGAGAGAGAGAGAGAGAGAGAGAGAGAGAAGGUGGAUGACAGAAGGGGGCGUGUCCAAACUUCCCUGCAGCCUCCUGUUGUCUCCCACGCGUUCAGCUCGUCCCAACACAGACACGCAACUGUCCUGUCCUCCUGUCCACGGCGCUGCUGCUGCGUGGACACACUGUAAGUCCACGAGAAGACAUGAUGGAACUACUUCUAGAAGGAACUGUCAACUUUUGAAGAUUACUUAAAAAAAAAAAAAAAAAAAGACUAACUUGAGAUGGAGGCCGAGGAGGGGAAGAUCUCAGUGUGGGUCUGCCGGGAAGAGAAGCUGAUCUCGGGCACGACGAAGCGCACCACCUGCGCCGAUGUGGUCCGAGUCCUGCUGGAGGACCAGAACCUGCGACAAGGGGCCGCGGCGGGCAUGUUGUCCGGACCUUCCCAGUCCUACUGCGUGGUGGAGAAGUGGCGAGGCUUCGAGAGGAUUCUACCCACCAACACCAGAAUCCAGCGCCUGUGGAGUGCGUGGGGGAGCGAGCAGGGCAACGUCCGCUUCGUCCUGCUCAAGAACGACGCGUCCCUGCCCAGCAGCGGACCUCGCAGCGCCGAAGCCAAAGUGGUCCAGAGUCGGGAGAACUCCUGGGUGACCGGCCGGGACCCCGCCAGGACCCCCAACCUGUCCCAGGACCGGCAGAGGCGCAUGGUCAGGAAAGCCUUCAGGAAGUUGGACAAAAUGAAGCAAAAGAAGGAGCGGACGUCCGUGGACAAGAUGGAGACUUUGGUGCACCUGGUGGUCUCCCAGGACCACAGCAUCCGCCAGCAGGUGCGCAGGAUCCAAGAACUGGACCGGGACAUCGAGUCCUACGAGGCCAAAGUGCACUCGGAGCGCGUGGAGAGACACGGCGCCAACUACGUGCAGGACACGUACAUGCGCGAGGCAUGUACGUGCGAGGCGCUCGAGGAGCACGCGCGUCGGUGCGAGGAGGUGGCGCGCGUGCACGAGGAGCUGGCGGCGCGCGAGGCGCUCGCGGAGGACCUCGCCGGGGAGAUCCAGGAGGAGCUCAACCGGAGCUGGAUGAGGCGGCGGGGAGAUGACGUCACGGAGGAGAGUCGCGGCGACCAGGAGGAAGACCGGGUCAAAACCCAGCUGGACGCCAGCCUUUACAUCGGCCUGAGACUGAAGACGGACUUGGACGCCGUCCAGGCGGACCUGGACCUGAGUCUGGGGGAGUGGGAGAGCAAGGAGAGAGAACUGCUGGAGCUGCUGGCCAAAGUGGACUUUUGUGAGGAUGAGGAGGAUGAAGGUGCGGAGGGGUCAGGGGAGAAGGGCAGCAUGUGGGUGGAGCAGGCCAGGGGUCUGUCCAAGACCUGCAACGACGAGGACUCGGACACGGGUCUGAGCUCCAUGCACAGUCAGGACUCGGAUAACCCGCCUGUGUGCGAGUCUCUGGUCUGACUUGCAGAACAACAAUAUUUGCACAGUAAUACGCUCAACUUAAGUGCCAUAUGUUAGUGUACAAUAUAGAACAGGGGUAGUCCAAAGUGCGGCCCCCGGGGCCAAUUGUGGGACCCCGGCUCGUUUUGUUAUUGGAUUAGAACAUUCCACAAACAGGAUUUGUCCCGGUUCCAUUUUUUUCUUGAUGAUUUCUGUGCGUCUUGUUAGGAUUGACUGUUCCUCUACAAGCUAGGCCAGGGGUCGGCAACCCGCGGCUCUAGAGCCGCAUGCGGCUCUUUAGCGCCGCCCUAGUGGCUCUCAGGAGCUUUUUCAAAAAUGUAUGAAAAAUGGAAAAAGAUGAGGAAAAAAAAAAAAGUUUUUGUUUUAAUAUGGUUUCCGUAGGAGGACAAACAUGACGCAAACCUCCCUAAUUGUUAUAAAUCACACUGUUUAUAUUAAACAUGCUUCACUGAUUCGAGUAUUUGGCGAGCGCCGUUUUGUCCUACUAAUUUUGGCGGUCCUUGAACUCACCGUAGUUUGUUUACAAGUAUAACUUUCUCCGACUU